CUCGCGUGGAGUGUGCCGACGUCUCGCGCUAUAACUGCUAUGGCUGCUCCAGAGCGCUUGAGCCCGACCAUGUCGAUGAAGAGCGACAGGAUAAAGGUUGAAGAGGAUCUUUCCAUCAACAAAGGAUUGAAUGGAGAGUUAUCUGAGCUCACCGUAAUAGCCGAGGGUGAGGAGCGUACAACAUGGUUUGUGUGGAUCCUCGUUCUAUGCUGCAGUAUAUCCGGUUUGCUCUUCGGUUAUGAUACAGGGGUAAUCUCUGGUGCACUGGUUACUAUCGGUUCGGACUUAGGGCCUGCAGAACUAUCUUCUCUACAAAAAGAGCUGAUCACUUCUUCAACGACACUCGGUGCAUUGAUAGGUGGUCUGAUUGCGGGAGCCCUCUCAGAUUAUACCGGCAGAAAGCCCGUAUUAGGCAUUGGAGAUGUUAUCUUCAUUGGCGGUGCUAUUGCGCAGGCUGCAUGCCACACAGUCUCCGCAAUUAUCGGAGGACGUUUUCUGAUUGGCCUAGGUGUUGGCCUUGCGUCAUGUGUUGCACCGAUAUACAUACAGGAACUCUCGCCAACCCGUCUUCGCGGCAGGCUGGUUGUCCUAAAUGUCGUUAUGAUCACGGGUGGUCAGGUCAUCGCGUAUGGCAUCGGCGCUGCUUUUGAGAACAUGCAUGGCGGAUGGCGAUGGAUGGUCGGACUUGGUGCUGUACCCGCCGCCCUACAGCUGAUAUUCCUAUUCAUUCUCCCUGAAUCUCCUCGAGUGAUGAUUGUCAGGGGAAAGUUACAGGAGGCCGAGAACGUGAUGCAGAAGAUAUACUCGCAUGCAACUCUGGAACAGGUCAAGCUCAAAGUGAAGGUCUUACAAGUAGCUGUGCAGGAAAGUACCAGGAUAUCAAAAUCGACAACGCUUUUCGAGAGGAUGAAAUCCGUCCUCCUCACGCCUGUGCACCGGAGAGCUCUAAUUAUUGCAUGUGGCCUGCAGGCAUUCCAACAGUUAUGCGGGUUCAACACGCUUAUGUACUACUCUGCAACGCUAUUCAAGUCUAUUGGCUUUGACCAGCCAACGGCCGUUGGACUGAUCAUUGCCGGAACAAAUUUCCUAUUCACACUUGUCGCUAUGAAGUAUAUCGACAUAGUCGGUCGGCGGAGGAUUAUGAUCAUUUCGUCGCCCGGGAUGAUUUUUGGGUUAACGCUUGCGAGCGUUGCUUUCCACUUCCUGACAAAACAUACAAACAACGUACUUGUAGACGGCUCCCACUAUCCAACCUCAUGGUCUGGCGUCGUCCUUGCAUCAAUGAUCAUCUUCGUCGCCUCCUACGCAACAGGUCUCGGUAACGUACCCUGGCAGCAAGGCGAGCUUUUCACUCUCUCCGUGCGAGGGAUCGGUACUUCGUGUGCAACAGCGACAAAUUGGGGAGCAAACCUCCUCAUCAACUCAACGUAUCUCUCACUCAUGGAUAAAAUCACUCCGUCCGGAGCAUUUGGAUUUUAUGCAGGAUUAUGCUUACUCGGAUGGUUGUUCUGCCUGUUCUGCUAUCCUGAAACAGCGGGCCUAAGCCUUGAAGAGGUUACGGAGAUAUUCGAAAGUGGGUUUGGAAUUCGGAGGAGUCAGAGAAUGAGAGCAGAGAAGAGGGCUAUGAAGGACGAGAAUGCAAAGGGAAGACGAGUGCGGGACGUGGAGAAGCUUUGAGCUGAUCUUUAGUAGGCGUUCGUCAUUGUAUCGGUCGAAUAGGUGUUGCUUUCAUUUUGUACAAUCUAUUUUGAAUGACAAAUCGAUGAAAAACCCGUCCAUUUAUGGAUC